AAAAAUUCAAAUUUAAAAUUUUGUUCACCAAUUAUCUGAUAUUGAAGCCCAUGAAUUAUAAUGGAGAGACUGAUUGCAUUUAUAAUAGCCAUUGCCCUCACUUUGAUUUCCAGUACUCAUGGAGCUGCAGCAACCCACAAACCUUGUCUAUGGUCUGACAAAAAUGGAAAAAUCACUGAUGAGCCUUAUGAUGAAGCAUCAGAAAUUUGUUGUGAAAAGUCAGGGAAACACACAAAAAUAAAUCACCAAGGACAUAAAAUUGAUUGCUGCGGGGAAACCACGAUAGACACCGAAUCCCAGGUCUGCUGUGUGAAUCAAACUUAUGACAGUCCCAUCACACAAGGAAACGAUGCUGGAAAGCACAGAAUCUGCUGUGGUAGCACCCCUCACAUUCAGCAUGCCAAUUACCACUACUGCUGUGGAGAAAACUACAUCUCCAAAAAUCUGGGAUGCUGUGCUGAAAAACCUUACAAUAGGUCAAGGUCCUAUUGCAAGAGAAAUACCGGUACCGUUUUGGCCGUCGGAGAAGGUAUUUGUGGCUCACAAAUUUAUAAUCGGAGCCACCAAAGGUGUUGCAGUUUUUCCACUCUCCACAACGUCUCGGAGGUGGACAAACAAUAUCGGUGUUGUGGCAGCGAGCUAUACAACAAAAAGACUAGUCAGUGCUGUAGGCCCCAAAAUAUCGUACAAAACUUGACUGGCCAAUGUUGUGGAAAAGGACUGUACAAUACAAAAACGGAAAUCUGCUGCCAAGGAAACACAAUUACAUCAUUUGGUGUACUUGGUUGCUGUGGGGGAGGAGCCUAUAACAUCACUGACCCACAAGCUGGCUGUUGUUCGAAGGGGCCCAAGACAUGGAAAGCUUACAGAAAAGACAAAGAGAUUUGCUGUGAUGGGGCAGUUCACUCUGUCCAGACUAGUGUCACCGGGAACCAGCUCUCUUGUUGUGGGAACCAAUCAUAUUCUCCGAGACAGGAACUGUGCUGCGGCCACGAGACUAAAAUCGUCCUCAACAAAACUGCCUUAGAUCAUGAUCAGUGCUGUCCUAAUGGCCCCACAGGGCAACAAUAUGGCCCCACAGGGCAACAAUACAACUCCUGUAAGAAGGGCGAACCAGUGCCAACAGAGGGGUCCAGCAUGUGUGGCAAAGCACCCUACAACCAAACCAGGGACCUCUGCUGUAACAAUGAAGUCCACAGAGACGGGACGGCCAUUGGAAAAAAAUGCUGUGGUUCAUCGACUUGGGCCUAUUUUCCUAACAAUGAAACUUGUUGCUUUAAUGAAGCGAAACCUAAAGCUUUAGGAUGCUCUGGAAAGCUGCCCAGUUCCAAAGACAAAACAUCUAUAACCCUUCCUGGAUCGCCUCGGACUAGCGGCAUCUGUAAAAUUUGUUCCCCCGAAUGGAAACAACCACAAAUGGUCGAAUCUCACAUCAAAUCCCAAACUAUUGACAUUUGCACUAAAAAAGCAAUAAAACUGCAAGUCAUUUCUGUCUCACCCAACACCACCACCUUACUGUUUCCGUGGACUUGGCUGAACGUUUCAUACAGAAAAAACAUCUACAAGAGGGAUGGCAAGACCACCACCCCCGGGAAACAAUCAUUCAACCUCUUCUUGCCCUGCAGGUGCGACAGGCUGGACAGUAUGAGGGGUAGGCCAGCAUUACUGCUAACCAACAUAAAUUUCAACACCCAGAGAAUAUUCCUUGGAGACGGAGACCUGAUUUUGCCCUUACGAAAAAAUCUGAUGAAUCGUGUACAAACGCUCUCGAAAGUCUGUCCUAACAAUGUAGUGAAGAAUAUCUAUUCCCUACUGCAGAUCUCGCCCACUGAGUCACGGAAAGGUAAGUGACGACUACGAGUCAACUGACGCACCAAAAACGUGUCAAAUACGCAACAGGGCAUCAAUUAGCUGCAGGUCUGUUGCUCCUGGUCUGAAAAAAUUCAGAUGGACAACCUGGGAGGUACAGUGCUACCCAUUAAAAAAAUUGUAUAUUUAUUGCGCACAAAAACUCAAUGCGCUAGUUUGUGACUAAUUAAAAAUGAAGAUAUUCAGUUCCAACUUGCAGAAUUCUUUGAGCUUAUUUGAAAGUGAAAUCUCAACACUUUUUUUUUCUUGUGAAAUAUAAUAAGCAGAAUCCAAGUAGUUCAUCAAAGUUUUUCACUAAGACUUGCUCAGUCAGAGCUCAGUCAAUGAUGAGUGUACAUAGUUUUUAUCAAUUAAAUUAAUUUGAUAUGAGUAUGAGAAAUAAGAACAAAGUUCCUCAAAUUUAAUCUUUAUUCCAUCACUGUCCAAUAGAUGGUAUUGAAAUGGCUUUAAAUUGUUUUUACUCUAUAAAAUAGAGUAAAAUAGAGUACAUGUAUUAUAGGUAUGUAUAGAAUCAUUUCACCUUUUUUUUCUUGUUUUAUUUUGUCCAAACCUUAUUUGAUUUUGUAUUAUUCAUGUGUGUCUUGGAAACUAGACAUUGAGUUUUUUUUUUAAUUAUAAAAAAAUAACCAAAUAUUAAUUUUUGUUUUUAACUUCGCAUUUGAUAGCACUGUGAAUAUUCAUUGCUCAUUUUUAAUAUUUAUUUAAUAAUAUACAUUUGAAAAUGGGGAAAGAAUAAAUGAUCAAUGUGUCAGAUAAAAACUAAAUUCAGUAUUGAACAUUGAACACCAUGAAUUAUGUUAAAUUUUGCUGGACGACAGAAUAAUUUAACAAAGCGUGACAAUGUAAAACAAAUUAAUUGGGGGGGGGGGGUGUGUUAGGAGGUUUUAAUGAGCUAUUUGUCAGACAAUAUCUUUUGGAUUUUGUCCCAUAGAAAAAAAAAUAAUAAUGUGUUUAUUUUUGUUAAAAGUUUUGGCAUUGUAAUUAACAUUUAUUCAUAAUGUGAUUAUGUAAAAACAUAUCAGCUCUCCAUUACAUGUAUUUCAUUAUCUACCUUAUCCAGGAUGUUUUAAAUUGUUUUCAAGACAGGCCUCUAAAUACCCAAGGAGUGUCUCUUUAUCCCUAAAUGUCACUUCAACGUUAUCAGCUCCAGUUUAAGAUGACGUAAAAUUCGAUCAUGAAUUCGAAAAUCCCCGAUACUAUUUUUAAAUGAAAAUUUCAAGCAGUUAAAAUUAAAUACCUUUAAUACAUUUUUUAUAAAGUUUUAAUUCCUGAAAUCUUCUACAAGAAUUAUCGGUCUUUAAGUCAAUCUUUAAGUCCAAACAGUUAAAGCAGCUGUCUCAUGUUUGUUUCAUAUAAUUGUUAGACCAUAAUUAAUCACCUUAUUGUCUACGGACUUUUCCAUUUUUUCCUAUUACGACAAAGAGCACAUGACGAGUGUGACUGGUCAGCAGAGGAUGCUCACUCCUCUUAUAGGUACUUGAUCCUACCUCUAUCUUUUUAGAGGUCUGUGUUGCGAUCUGCUUUGAAUUUGUAUUUCGUGUUAAUAUGUAUUUUUGAGAUGGUUGACAGUUUGUUAUUGUCAUUUUUCAUGCAUACAUCAGGGAGAUUAAGUUUCAACCAUUUAUGUCAACCGGUGUUCAUUUUUUUUUUAACGUGUAAUACUGAUAAUGACCUUGCUGCACUUAAAUUUUCAUGAAAAAACAUAUUUUAUUU